CCCGCCCCGCCCCGGGCUCGGCCACCUGCCGGGGAAGCUGGUGCUGAUUGUUGCCCUCGGGUCGCUCCGGGGCGGGACGUGGCGUCCGGCCAUGGAAGGCACGUCAGGGACUCGCGAGCCCCGGACGCGGCCGAGAGACCCGGACAGGCACCCGCGCCAGGACCGAGACCGGCACCCCGAGCGACAGCAGGACCGGCACCCGGAGCGACCGCGGGACCGAGCGGAGGACCGGCGCAGGGAGAAAAGGGGUGGCGAGCGGAGGGACGGGGAGCGGGACCGGGGACGGGACCGAGACCCCCACCAGGACAGACGCAGGGUCGGGGACUAUCGCGCUGGGGAGCAAAGAGUUUUGGAAAAACCCCGCCAAAGCCGGACGCGGGACGGACACCGGAGGCCCACCUGGGACGCAGCCCCGCCUCCCUGGCCCGCGCCUUGGGAAACCCCGGAGUCACCGCCCUACAGGAAGGAGGGCACCGGGCGCCGCGGACCGGAAAGUUACAGUGAACCCCCUUCGGGGCUAUAUCUGCCCUCGAACCCCAGGCCUGGACGGGAGGACGUGGAAUACUACCAGUCAGAGGCGGAAGGACUCCUGGAAUGCCACAAAUGCAGAUACUUGUGCACUGGCAGAGGUGUGGUGCAGAUAGUGGAGGUGAUACUGAAUGGGAUGGUUCUCAUGUGUAUCGUGGCUUCCUACUUUGUCCUGGCUGGAUUCAGCGCCAGCUUUGCCAGUGGUGGCGGCUUCGGGAACAACUAUUACUCACCGUUUGAGGGCACGGAGCUGGAGCAGGUCCGGCAGCUGGACCAGCAGUACACAGUCCUCCGGGCGCCCCUCAUCUACGGCGGCGUGGCGGUGUCCCUGGGGCUGGGUGUCCUCACCAUGGGUGUGUUACUCCAAGGAGCCAAGAGUCUCACCAAACUGCCAAGGAAGUGGCUCGUCCUGGAGGCCGCCUUCAGCCUCCUGGCCGCAGUGGGCUACUGCGCGGGCAUCGGCGUUUUCCUCCACGUAGCCCUGCGGAUCAAUGCCACAGACACUUGCAAAAGAAGAGAGAGGCUCUAUGCCCGCAAAGGCCUCACCUGGAUGAACUGCCAGCUGGCAGGCACUGAUGGGGCAGCAGCCACCUUUGCUUGUCUCCUGGUGAUAAUGUACGGAGUCAGCGUGGUGCUGGCCCUCCGGAGCUACCGAGAACAGAAGCUCUACAGAGACAGCCAAGAGCAGCACAGAAACUACAGUGAGGGACCGGAGUACCUGUGGUCCGGAACACUCUGAGGUCAUCUUCUCAGAACCUAAAUGUCAGCCCGCCUCCCUGGUUCCUCUCAGAAAGAGGAGUCCUUUAAAAUCGCACAGUUGACAGCUGGUGUUUUCACAUACAGGAUUUUAUAAAUGCUCGCUUUGGUACCGAUGCAAAGCUAGAUGGCCAUCUCAUUUUUCUGUCAGGGAGCUUUUCAAGCUCAAAGCUUGGAAAAAAAAUCUCCCCCACCUUUGCUACAAAGAACAUCAGAAGUUUGGAUAUGCACUUAUGGUCUGGCUCCCGCACCAAAUGGUAAGGUGAUGAUGAUGGCUAAGUAGCCAGAGAAAUCCUGAAAGUUGAGAACUACACAUCAGGGGUAGCAGGCCCGGCGUUAUAGUAGGAAUAUCUCACCCAUCUCAACUAUUGAGAUUCACCAAAAGAAACAUGCCAUACCCCCUCCUGUGUGGUCCCAGGAGAAUGCUUUUAAAGCAGUUGUGUGACUGAAUUCUAAAGAGUCAUCCGACCCUCUCCUAGAGGGAAACUGUUCUGCCCACAGGACAGUGUACCGACUGCCUGGAUCCCAAGGAGAUGGGAGGCUGGGUUUCUGACACAUCAAGAGAGAUGCUUGUAGCAUGCAUGUUCCUCCUUGAGAUUCCUGUAUUAGAGCUGAGAGAAAAUGUCUUGGGUUUUAUUGCCACCAUUCCAAGUUAGUUUCUUUUUGUUGCAAAUCAUUCAACUGGAAUUCAGUCUUCCUGAAAUAUUUUUCUGAAAUAUGGGGCUCCCAUAAGUCAUACACUUCUCGCCCGGCCGGGAUGACUUAGUGGUUGAGCAUCGACCUAUGGACCAGGAGGUCACGGCUCAAUUCCCAGUCAGGGCAUAUGCCUGGGUUGAGGGCACGAUCCCCAAGAAGGGGCGUGCAGGAGGCAGCCGAAUGAUGAUUCUCUCUCAUCAUUGAUGUUUCUAUCCCUCUCUCUGAAACCAAUUAAAACAUUUUUUAAAAAGUCAUAAACUUCUUAAACGUGUUAUUUAACUAUUUCAAAGAUCAAGUUAAUUUUACUAGACUAUAAAGCAGUGAUGGCGAACCUAUGACACGCGAACUCAUUCUUUUGGUUGAUUUUUCUUUGUUAAAUGGCAUUUAGAUAUAUAAAAUAAAUAUCAAAAAUAUAAAUCUUUGUUUUACUAUGGUUGCAAAUAUCAAAAAAUUUCUAUAUCUGACACGGCACCAGAGUUAAGUUAGGGUUUUUCAAAAUGCUGACACACCGAGCUCAAAAGGUUCGCCAUCACUGCUAGUAAGGGUUUUUUAACGACUUCAAAGAUCAAGUAGUUAAUUUUACUAGACUCUAGAGCAGCCGUAAUGAAUAAAACUAAAAAAAAAAAAAAAGACCGUACCCUUUUAUGUAAUGAUGUUUACUUUGAAUUUAUAUUAGUUCACACAAACACUCCAUCCAUGCUUUUGUUCCGGCCCUCCGGUCCAGUUUAAGAACCCAUUGUGGCCCUCGAGUCAAAAAGUUUGCCCACCCCUGCUCUAGAGGGUUAUGGGAGGCCUCUUCAUUGCUGCUUUCCCUGACAGUGUCUACAGAGUAGAUCUUCAAAGGUAGAUUAUAACCUCUCAUGACCCUGAACUGUUUUCAUAGUACAACAGAUCAUGAACACUGAAUCUUAAAAAUAAAGUUCUUUCAAUAAUUUUAACCUAAAGUUUUAUAACUGUUCUUAUACUUUACAUCUCAGAUUUUCAGCUCAUGUCAGAUACAACUGCAAAUAUAUGUUAUAUAAAGUAUAGGGUGUUUUUCCCUAAUUUUCCUCUUGCUUUUCAAUCACUAUUUUUUUCAAAUAAUUUUUUAUGGUCACAUUAUAAACAAGAUCAAACUAUUAAUAAAUUCAAACCAAAUUUUUAGAAAUUUCUGGGAACAGCAAUUUUGACAUUAUUUAUACAGAAAGAAACCAGCAAACAUAAUCCUGUUUCAACAUCUACCAAAAUGACUUAGAAAAUUAAGUCAAAGCCAUGUUCCUCUAACAUGUUUUCCCGCCUGCCUGUUUGCUGACUCUCCUCCCUAUAACAUAGUGCCUUUCCUCGCUCCUCUCAAAUUCUCUCAAUAGCUAAUUCUUACAGAAACUAUCCCAGCAAAGGAUCAAAACAGAACCUCUUCCAGAAAUGGGAGAUUAUCUAGAUCAGCGGUUCUCAACCUGUGGGUCGCAACCCCUUUGGGGGGGUCAAACGACCCUUUCACAGGGGUCGCCUAAAUACAUCCUGCAUAUCAGAUACUUACAUUACGAUUCAUAACAGUAGCAAAAUUACAGUUAUGAAGUAGUAACAAAAAUAAUUUUAUGGUUGGGGGUCACCACAACAUGAGGAACUGUAUUAAAGGGUCGUGGCAUUAGGAAGGUUCGACCCACAGGUUGAGAACCGCUGGCCUAGAGGAAAACAAUCAACUGGAAGUCUACAUUGUGAGGUUAAAAUACAAACAUUUGUGCCACAAAGAGGUGCUUCUACUCUGUCAUCCACUCUGUCACCCUCAGCCCCAGCGUUUUCGCAGAGCAGUGAAAAGUUUAACCACAGAAAAAAUCAGCCCACCCCCCCAAAGAAUAACCGUACACUCUCUUCUCCCCCAGCACGUAUUCCCAGGUUCCCUAAACCAUGUCCCGUGUCUGAGUUGAUACAAUGAGGACUUGGGCCUGACACCAGCAUUGUGUCUAGGCCCAGCUGUAACUCUGCCCCCAAGAUUCAACUCCUCUCGAGGGAUUGGAGCCCCAUCGUUCACUGUGACCACAACACCCCACGUCUGCAGUUUCCAACCACAGCUUAUUUCCUACCACUUGGAGGCAGGUCAAGAUUUAUCAUUCACAUUUUAAAUGAGACCAAAGUUCAAGGUUAAGUGGUUUACCCGGUAGCUAACAUUUUGCUGACUGCUCAUUGUGCCAGAUGCACUAUUGAGCUAAGGUAGCAUUUUGCAUCAUCUCAUUUAAGGUCACAACUUGAGAGCUACGAUUUCCAUUUAACGAGAGAGAGAGAUAGAUAGACAGAGAGAGAGAGAGAGAGAGAGAGAGAGAGAGAGAGACGCGCUUUGGAGAGGUUAACUUGUCUAAAUUCAAACCUAAAUAGCAGAGGCAAAACUCAGGACCAAUGACUCACACACUGGAACGUGUUGUGACUAAUGUACUCGCGUGGCCUGCGGUGUACUGGGUGGGAAUUGGUAUCACAGGAAGCAGAGAACACACUCAGAAAAUUUCGCUUCUGCCACGUGGAAUAGCGAGGUGUGCGUCUGAUGGAACUGAGGUAUUGAAGUAGAUGAUGGUGAUGGUGGUUGAACCCAGUGCACUGAAGGUGCUCAAUGAAUAAAUAGUUGGUGAACCAACUUUUCAAAAUGUUUGCUCUGCUAAUGAGAAGGAAACUGAAGAAGGACUUCAACUUGGACUUCAUCUGGAGGGAGAGGUAGCUAAUCUUGCUCGAAGUCAUUGGGAGACGUCAAUGGGGGUAGAAGAGAGGAACAAUUUAGAGGCUUACCUAGAUUAUAAGUAUUUUAUGGGCCAAAACCUACCAGUUAUGUCUGAAGUUCUAAUACCAAAGCCAUUAUUACACUAUACCAAACAUGAUGGCCAGAUUACCCACUUAGCUCCUCUAUCACCAUCAGCUCUGAUUUAAGAGGAGCUGUGGAUUGUUUACAAUUGAGUUUCCUCUAGUCAGCUGAUCACCUGCAUGUAAAUAAGUACCAUGUUUCCUGUCUUUGGGAUUUUUUAAAAAAAAAUACAUAUAAGCCAAGUCAGAAUAUAAUGUUUCUUAGCAUAAAAAAAUCUUUAUUGCUAUUUCAGCUUAAAAGAUGAUCAAAAAUAUUUAUUCUGCCCUUAACUCAUAGCUUCAUAGAGUGCCAUGGAAUGUAGUUUCAUUUGUUAUCUUCCCCUAAAGCAAGAAAAAGCAGAAAAAUUCUAAUGGUGUUUUGGGUAAGAAACUAAUUCUACAUACAAGUUAGAGAAAAUUACAGUUGCAUGCUAAAAUAAAGUAUUUAUAAAAUAACACAUAUUUCAUUUUAAAACAAAGCCAUGAAAAAAGAUAUUCCAUUUUAUUUUAUUUAUUAUUGUUGUUAUUGUUAUUUUUUACAAAUAAUAGAUUUGCUGCAACAUGCUCUGGCUCAUAUUAUUGAAUUAAAAAAUUUAACACAUUUCAAAAAUAUCAAAAAUACACUAUAAUGAGUCUUAGGACUACAAUACGACGAUGAUUGCACAAAACCGUAAGAUAGGAACUCACUGUUUGGGUGACGUCCAUUGGCAACAGUGAGAGAAAACCCAUAGUGUCUGGGAGAAGUGCAUGAAAAUUAGAGUACAGGGAGCUUAUGUGUGAUUUGAAUGAUCACCAAAUGAGGGAAACAGAGCAGGAUUUACUGUAGCUGCUUUUCUCAAUCUAGGAAGUGCUUACCCAGCUAUGGGGCAAAAGUCACUACCUGGAGAGAAAGAUUAACUUGCCUCCAUGAUUGGGGAAUCUAAAAGGCCCCACCCAGAGGGAAGUAAAAAGUGACACAGGACAGUUCUGUCGUGAUGCUGCAGACAUCACUGAAUGGCUUGGAGACUGUUUAAUAAUUGGUACAUUUAUUGAUAACAGCCAAGUGCUCCCUUAUGGAGGUCUCUUCAUUAAUAAUUAUUGAGUAGAGAGAGAAGGUGAGCCUGUGGCUUCCAAGUACCUGCUUUUGCUGAAGGUCUACAUGGGAAGAAGAGCAUCACAUGAUAGUCAGUAGAUCAGCCAAACCUAACUAACUGGCUCCAUCUCCUGAAAAAUAGCACUCGCUACAAACAAUUACAAUAGCACCCAAUGAUUACCACGCUGCUCGUGUUGGCUCUUCUACACACCAGGAAGAGGAACUCACAAAUGUAUUGCACGCACACUCACACUCACAGUAGUAUAAUAAAACCUUCACUUGCAUUAGGAGUGGUAAUUCAAUGACUCUAUGGUAGCACGGUAGCUCUGAUAUACCAGCAUUCAAAUGUUCACAUAUAUUCCCGAUUCAUGUGGAUAAAAGGAAGAAUACCAUGGCUGCCAAGACGCGUGUAUUUUUCUUUCUUCCAUAGGACUGCUGAACUGCUCCCAUCAGCAGGAGUGGUGUUAUUUUCAGAAAUUCUCUUAAACUUUUCUAUUAAAUGGGAGGUACACACGGAAACCUGAGAAUCAUGCAGAGGCCAGGAUCUCUGGACUAGAGAUCAAUGGUUCUCUGCCCACCUGGGGAACACAUCCUCUGGGUAAAGUCCUAGGAAGUAGGUUACAUUCACCUGGAGACAGAUUACUGUCUUUCACCACCUGACAGUCUAAUCGGUUCACACAAUGACUGCAAACGACCUCACAGAAGAUUCUGUAUAUUUUUGGUAAUGGGCUAUGGCCUUUUUACCCUCUGUGUUAAUACAGAGCAAUUAUAGAAAAAAAUGAACUAAAGGAAGUUACAAAAAAGAAUAAAUAGUUUUGGUAUAGCCUAUAUUAAAGAUAUCCAACACAACUUAAUAUUUCCUGAAAAUAAAUCUACCACACAGAACAUCUGGAACUUCGGAAUUCUUCUGACUGAAACUAAAUGUAUUUAACUUCUGGAAAAGCCAUUUCAGAAGUGGGUUUCAUGAUGGUUCCAUUAAGGGUGGGUAACAAAGAGAAGACAAGAAGAAGGUUCACAGAUAAAGGACAAUUUUUAAGAGACUAUACUAUUAAAGUGGUAUAUUCCCAAAACAACUUUCUCUUCUAGACAACAUCACUAUUCUAUAACUCAGAGCUUCUGCUGUCUGGGUAGAAAGCUGUUUUACAUCACCCAUCACUAUUAUCUUGGGUAUUUCCUUCAUUUUCAUUUUCCCUUCACUUUAUUUUUUCAUUU